GCAGCAGGAGGGGAGGCAGUGGCAAGGGGUAACCAGGCAGCAGCAGCAGAAGCAGCAGCAGCAGCAGCGAUGUCGGCCCGCGACAACGGCCCGCUGGACUGCAAGGUGUACGUGGGGAACCUGGGCUCUGGGGCCACGGAGUACGACCUGGAGAAGGUGUUCAGCUACUACGGGCCGCUGCGCUCCGUGUGGGUGGCCCGCAACCCGCCCGGCUUCGCCUUCGUGCAGUUCGAGGACGCGCGCGACGCGCGGGACGCGUGCCGCGAGCUGGACGGGCGCCUCGUGUGCGGCUCCCGCGUGCGAGUCGAGAUGUCGACGGGCGAGCGGCGGCAGAAGCGGGGCUGGAGCGCGCAGCCGCCGUGGAGCCGGUCGGAGUACGGCUGGAAACGGAGCCCUUCUCCGCGGCGGAGCCCCAGACGCUCCAUCUCCCCGAGACGCAGCCCACGGCGCUCUCCAUCCCCACGGCGCAGCCUGCGCCAGUCCCCUUCUCCCCGCAGGAGCCUUCGAAAGUCCCCUUCUCCCCGCAGGAGCAGCAAGCGCUCCUCGUCGCCACGCCGCAUCCCCCGCCGCUCGCCUUCGCCCAAGCGGUCUCGCAAGCUGAGCAGCGGCAGCCCCAAGGCGAGCGGGCGGCGUGCGAGCAAAUCUCGCUCGCGCUCCGUCUCACCCCGGCCCAGGAAGGCGGCCGAGGCUUGGCACUCGCGCUCCCCGCCCACUAAGGUCGCCAACAGCAGCUCUGGCUCCCGCCGGCGUUCACGCAGCCCCAGCUAGAGCGGCCCGCUGGUCCUCGCUACCCGUCGUGCGCAGCACGGCCGCCCCCCCCCCCCCCACUCCCAGGGACGUGCGGGCCAACGGGAGUGGCCCGUAAGCAUCGAGUGUUUGUGGUGACGAAUCUGGGACGUUUUCAACUCUGUUUAACUGUAGGUAGCUGCUUGUUAGAAGCACGUGUCUUUCAGCAGAUGGUUAUUUAUUCCCGAUGUAGUUUGUUUUAUUGUGAUUGCAGUUACAAAAAUAACUUGAAUUUGAAAAAAUUCCAAAUCAUAGUCUUCUACAAGGCCAGAGAAAUGUUUCAGCCACCAUGUUGGGUACGUGGGUUCCCGUCUGAUCCGCCUGUAUUAAUCCCAUCACUUAUGUGGACCCAUGACAGGUCAUUAGUGAACACAGGUCGGCAAAAACAACGGGCAGACGGGGUCGUCACGACACAUUUGGGGCGUGGAGCACUGGCAUUGGAUGCAAGAUGAGAGUUGUGAGCUGUCAGCUUAACUUUAGUUUUUAUGCAUUGGCAACCAUCCUGAAGGUGACAGCAAUUGAUGGUUGAAUUGCGAGUGCGAGUUUCCAAUCUGGGCUGUGACGUUUGUCUUCUUUUGUACCUUUGCACCCCGUGUCGAAUGCCGGCAGAGAGCGAGCGUCUUCACUUCACUAAGCCCAGGCUGCCUCCGUCAUCUGGUCGAGUCGUUUGGCAGAGUCCCGCGGAGUCUUGGUGGCAUUAGUUUGUCAUAACAGCUAGGUUUGUUUUCUUAUCUCUCCAUAUACAUUUUAUGCAUGGUGUUAAGGUGUAGGCGUCGCGUGUGCUGCUUUACCAGCUUUUCGGUUUUAGUUGGAGGAAAACGAAGGAAAGUAUGGAUGUAAAUAUGGCUUGCCGUUUUGCUUAAUAAGCGGCAGUGCAUAUAUCCGCAAACUACUGAUUAAAUCCUAAAAAUUUUCAUAAAAACAACGCAUGGCAUCCGUGGAUACACGUGCAAAAUAAAUCAGCAGUUCCUUGCGUAUAGCAGAAAAACUAGUUUAAUCGCACGGUCAUGUGGGGCUGGAAGAAACCCAAUUUUCAGGUAUUUGGAUGUUCUGCGAAUUCCGAUAUACAAUUAUGAAUUAUGAUCAAUUAAUUUGCUUGGCUGUCAUCUGGAGUGAUAAUACCCAUUUGGCUCAACACCUGUAAAAAGGAUUUUAGUUGCAGUUGAUGAAAACCUUUUUUUCUGUAAAGGGCAAAGAUUAUGACCUAUUUAGUGUUGCCAUUUUAGUGUAAAACCUGGUUUAGCUGCGAAGCCAUAGGAGCUCCGCUUUGAUGCAAGUGUGACAAUUCAAUAAAAUAGAUCCAUGACAGACAACUUGAAACUUCAUUUUAUUCUGCCGUUGAGCCUUGGCUACAAAUGUCAGAAAAGUUAAAUGGAAGAAUUAAAAACAUCUGGAUAAAUUGAUGACAUCACUCGUACGUCUACAAUCGCUUAAUAAACCACCUUUGCAACGUCA